AUGAACAAAGAGCAAAACCAAAUUGUAAAGGCUUGGGAAGCAGCAGUUAGAAAAUCAGCUGGUCCAAAAAGAAGGGCAAAGAGCAUUUUCACACCAAUGUCUGUUGCCCAUGUUGAUGAUGACGAUGAUGAUUUGAAUUCAAGCCAUGACAGAGGGUUCGGGUUCGGAUUCGGAAUCGGGACAAUGAAAAGAGGAGGAGAAGAAUCUGGAAGCCAUGUUGAGAAAAUCCUGUCGAAUGGCGACUUCUACACUGGAAAUUGCCUUGAUAACCUCCCCCAUGGGCAAGGUAAGUACCUAUGGACAGAUGGGUGCAUGUAUGUUGGGGAAUGGCAAAAGGGUAAAACCAUGGGUAAGGGUAGGUUUAGUUGGCCUAGUGGUGCAACCUAUGAGGGUGAUUUCAAAGAUGGUCAUAUGGAUGGUAAGGGUACUUAUAUUGGUUCAUCUGGGGAUACUUAUAAGGGUUGUUGGGUAAUGGAUUUGAGACAUGGAAAUGGGACUCAAAGUUUUCCCAAUGGGGAUUUCUAUGAUGGGGAAUGGAGGAAAGGGAUGCAAAGUGGUCAUGGUAGGUAUCAAUGGAAGAAUGGGAACCAUUACAUUGGUCAAUGGAGGCAUGGUUUGUUCUCAGGGAAUGGAACAAUGAUGUGGAGCAAUGGGAAUAGGUAUGAUGGUUGUUGGGAGGAGGGCUUGCCCAAAGGGAACGGAACCUUCCGCUGGGGCGAUGGAAGCUUCUAUGUUGGGGUUUGGAGUAAGGAUCCAAAGGAACAGAGUGGGACUUAUUAUCCAUCAGGAUCUUGUGCUGGAAACUUGGAAUGGGAUCCUCAAGAGCUUUAUUCAGUUGAUUUGGAUGAAUGCAGGUUGUGGCCGUGCGAGAAGGUCGCCAUUUACCCUUCGCACAAGACGUUGAAUCCGGCCGGCUUGGAGGAGGAGGAGGAACCGACGUUUAAGAAGAGCGACGCCUGCGAGCGGCCGAGGUGGAAGUCCGUGGACGGAAGGCUUAGUAAUUAUAGCUCUGAAGAUGGUUCUUCUUACUCUUAUGAUGGAAGUAGUUUGGGAAGUCCUCUUGUUGAUCCUUUGCUUCCAAGAGCUCCCAAUUUCAGGCUUAAGCCCCCUAAACGCCAAGGAGAGACUAUAUCUAAAGGUCAUAAGAAUUAUGAACUCAUGCUAAAUUUGCAACUAGGUAUCAGACAUGCUGUUGGAAGACCUGCUCCUAGUACAUCUCUUGAUCUAAAAUCCUCUGCAUUUGAUCCCAAAGAAAAAGUAUGGACAAAGUUUCCAUCAGAAGGGUCCAAAUACACACCACCUCACUCAUCUUGUGAGUUUAAAUGGAAAGACUAUUGUCCGGUAGUGUUUAGGGCUCUAAGAAAAUUAUUCAAAGUUGAUCCAGCUGAUUAUAUGUUAUCGUUAUGUGGGAAUGAUGCCCUUCGGGAACUCUCAUCGCCAGGAAAAAGUGGUAGCUUUUUUUAUUUAACCCAUGAUGACCGAUACAUGAUCAAGACCAUGAAGAAAGCAGAAUGUAAAGUUUUUCUUAGAAUGUUGCCUGGUUACUACAAACAUGUUAGGGCUUUUGAGAACACUUUAGUCACCAAGUUUUUCGGCCUCCAUUGUGUUAGAUUAACGGGAACAGCUCAAAAAAAGGUUCGAUUUGUCAUUAUGGGAAAUCUAUUCUGUUCACAGUACCCCAUCCAUAGGCGCUUUGACUUAAAAGGUUCAACCUUUGGUCGAACAACUGAUAAGCCUGAAUCUGAAGUAGAUCCUACCAUAACACUCAAGGACCUUGAUCUAAAUUAUAUAUUUCGAUUGCGGAAGGCUUGGUUUCAAGAAUUUUGCAGGCAAGUGGAUAGGGACUGUGACUUUCUUGAGCAGGAGAGGAUUAUGGAUUAUAGCUUGUUGGUUGGUCUUCACUUUCGGGGAAUAUCGUGUGGUGAAAAUGUUACGCCUUCUUCUGGUCGCAGUUCAGGAACUCGAACCCCAACUGGUUAUGCCUUGUGGAUUCACUUAGGAAUAAGCAUGCCAGCACGAGCUGAAUCUACAAUGCGAAGAAGUAGCGUUAGUGAAACUCCUCAGCUGGUUGGAGAACCAACAGGGGAGUUAUAUGACAUCAUCAUUUUCUUUGGUAUUAUAGACAUAUUACAAGACUAUGACAUAAGUAAAAAGAUCGAGCACGCUUACAAAUCCUUCCAGUACGAUCCCACCUCCAUCUCCGCCGUCGAUCCAAGGCUAUACUCUAGACGGUUUCGCGAUUUCCUCUUCAGAGUUUUUGUAGAGGACAAGGUUUAGAUUUCAAAAUAUGAUCAGCACUAACCGGCAACACUGAUUUCUACACACUAGUUGGAGGGUGUUUUGUUAAAUACAGAAUAUAACACAUUUCUCAACUUUAAUUUCUUGAUUUUUCCCUUUCC